AUGCUUGUUAAGUUUUUUGACGAUAGUUCCUUGGCAGUUAUUCAGGACGCAACGGAUGAUUUGAUCAAGAAUUUUGCAGGUCUGAGCAUCAAGAAAACAUCUUCCAAAAAAGUGGAUUUUUUCAAAAGCUGCGUAUUUCUUGACGAAUUCGGGUUUGAUGUUAAUAUGGAUCCCAGUAGAGGUUGGCCUUCUCAUGACUCACCAGCUAUCGUGGAAUCUCCUACUGCAAAAGCCGGGUUGCAAACUGACAUUGGAGAACAUUGUACACUAACUCAAUACUUGUACUUUGCAAGCACCAUAGGUGGCUCAAACGGUAGAAAACAAAGCAUAGCAGAUUCACAUGAGUGGCAUAAAGCGCUCGAAUUCCCUAUCGCUUGCAGGAUUUUUCAAAAUAUCAAUAUAGUUAGUUCAUCUAUCUUAGGGAGCAAGCCAAAUAAGUUGUUACUUACUAGGAUAUCGGUGUAA